UGGCCAUUUCGUGCAUAAGACACUCCUACCCUAAUGAACGAUAAUAAAUUGGAUCCACCUGAAACUUGUAGUAUUUCAAAAGAUUCUACUGAACAGUUGAAAUCAUUUUGUAGUAGUUUUGAAGAUCAUACUACUGAAUCGGAUCUAUUACAUACAUUAGAGCUACCAAUAUCACCUAGUCAAGAUUUAUUUGGUGAACCGACAACAUCAAGUUCCUAUAGAGAUUCACCUCCUAUUGGUCGAACAACAGUAACUACUCCAUCUUGUCUUUGGAAAAAUUGUGAAUCUUCUAUUAAUCAAGUUUGUGUUAAUACAGAUAGUGGAUUUUCUAGUUGGACUGGAAGAAGUGAUUCUAAAACUAAAUCUCCAUCAAAUUUGAUUACAUCUGAUAAUAGUAUUUUUAUGCUGAAUCAAUCUGAUCAAGUUAAUUUUUCUUGGAGACCAACUACAAAUCUAAACGAAUCAGAUGUAAACUCCAACAAUCUUACUACUAAUUCAAGUUCAUGUUUAAGUAAUUUACCAUGUGCUAGUGAAUUGAAUGAAGAACUAUCUGAUAGAAUGUUUAUUACAAGUAUAAGUGAUAUGAUGAGGAAUUCACCAACUUGGUCCACUCCAUGGAAUUGCGCGAACAAGUAUACUGAUACAUAUGAACCAUGUAAACCUGUAUCACAAAGCACUGUAGAUAUGACAUAUUCAUAUCCGGAAACUAUUCCUCCUUCGGACUUUUCACCAUUUUAUUCUCUUGGAUUGGAUUCAGUAAACCAAAAUGCAAACCAAAUACAAUCUCCAAAUGAUACUAAUGAUAAAAUAUAUAAAUCACCAGAAAAUUUCAAUAGUCCCUCUUCAUCAAAAUCAUCAUAUUCUACUUGUAUACAUGAAAGGAAUCCUUCCAACCAUCUAUUUCGUCCAAUCCCUAAUCAAGGAGAUAAUGAAGAUCAAAGAGAUUUUCAUAAUUCAUCAAAUUCAUCAUUUUUAAUAAAUACACAUCAUGAUCGACAUAGUUUAGAAGAGCAUUCCAAUGAAAAUACCAAUAAACAGCCAAUUACUUCUCUUACACAUCAAUCACAAUAUACAAGUUGUCAUCAUCGUCAUCAUCGUCAUCGUCCUAGAACUGUAUCUUAUACUGCUUAUUUAGAUUCAUCAUUCAUUAAAAAAUCGUAUAUUUACAGACCAGGUUCUGCACCAUUACAUGAACAUGAAAAUUUAUUCAUUCCUGAAGAACAAUCAGAUUCCAGUGAAAAUAAUCAAUGUGCAAAAGAAAUAAUAAAAUCAAAUUCUAUUGUGUAUAAACGACAUAAUAAAAAAUCCACAUUAAAAUUAUCUUCUUCUACACGUAGAUUUUCACAAAAUUAUCAAGCGAAUUCAUAUGGUCAUUGUAGUAGUAGUAGUACUAGUAGUAGUACAGAUAAAAAUAAGAUUCAUUUUGAAAAUGUCCAUACUACAAAAAACAUGGAACAUUUGAUGAACAAUAAUACAAAUCGUAUUAAUAAUCACCCGACAAUCAUCAACAUGAAUGAUCAACAAUUUUAUUCAAGAAUAAAUUUAACAACGAAUAAAAAUUUACACCAAUCCACUCAACAGUGCCUUACACAUUUACCACAGUUAUGUUCAGAGUAUAGAAUAGUACAGAAUGAUGUCAACUGUUCAAUUACUGCACAUACAAGAAGUUGUUAUUCACCGAAUUGUACUGUCCCUACUAUUUCUUCCUUACCAAAUUCUCCUAUGUUGAACACUGCAACGACAACAACGAAUAAUCUCAAUGAAUUGAGUACUACUACUACUCAUACUACUACUACUACUAUUAAUAGUAGUAGACCAAUACUACAAUCAACAACUAUGCCUGAUGUUGUGCCUCGAUUAAGUUUACACAUAAAUCAUCGCCAUAGUAUUAAUAAUAAUAAUAAUACCGAUACAAUUGGAUCAAAUCAUAUGACAUUAUUACAUCAUCGUUCACAUUUAUUACAACCAAGAUGUUCAUCUGUUCCAUUAGUACAAUCAUCAACAUCAACAUCAUCAUCAUCAUCAUCACAAUCACCAUCAUCAUCAUCAUUAUCAUCUUCAUUAACACCGUCAACAUUAGCUUUCAAUGUUCAAUGUCAAUGUUAUCAUUGUACACAUCAGCAUUAUUUUGAUCAUUGUCAAUUAUCAUCAAAUUAUCAAUCUCAAUCAAAUUAUUUAUUAGCAAGACGUUUAGCAUAUGUGGCUGAUGAAUUAAUGUUAGAUUAUUAUUAUCAUAAUUAUUCAAGAAGAAAUUAUCGAUCAAUGUAUAAUUUGGUAAGUUAUGAAUAUUAUUGUUAG